GUCCACUAAAAUGUAAACAGUCAACACAUGCCCGAAAACUUUGACGAGGCCAACAAUUUGACCGAGACUCUAAAUGACAAAAAAAUAAUUAAAUUUGUCGAAUUCAAACUGGAGGAACCUGUUUACUGGUUAUUGUGUGGUCUUCCUGACGAUUUUCUUAUGACGGACACUCUGUCCCCUUCGGUCGCUUCCAUGCUGGGACAAGUAAAUGAAGAUGGUGACAGCAUUAUUACCAGUUUAAAAACGGAACUCCUUGAUGUAGAUGUCGAUGUCGGUAUUUAUGUUGAUCAGGAAUACAGUAUCCCGUACACACCCUCAGACACGGAAACACUGGAUCCAUCACUGGCAGAUUCCGGUUUUAACGAUGCCCUCAGUUUACAAUGUUUAGAAAGCGUAUUCGACUGGAAAGGAGAGAAAGGAGAUGACAAAACAAUAGACAGCCCAGCAUCACCAACAGCUACAUGUAUGCACCACUGUUUAGAUCAUCAGGGGUUCGAGGAUUAUUUGGACGAUAUAUAUUACCAUAGACUUAGUAUAGAAUAUAAAUACGUUGUGACGACUUGCCUGGAAAACCAACCUGAGGUAGAUUCAGGUAUGCGUGGCUUACUGGUCAGUUGGAUGACCGGUGUUCAUCACCAGAUGAAGCUAUGCCAGGACACUCUAUUCAUUGCUGUAAACAUCGUAGACAGGGUUCUAGACGUUAUGCAGGCAUCGCGUGAUUAUCUACAACUUCUAGGAAUAACUACAAUACUAAUUGCUUCGAAACUGGAGGAAGUAACGCCGCCAGAAAUCAGCGAAUUACUUGGUUGCUGUGACGGGGUGUACACAAGGGAAAUGGCGAAGCAGUUAGAAAGGGUUAUAUUAGAUGCUAUCAGAUUUGAUUUAAUGGUCCCAACUUCACAAUUUUUCUUAGAAUACUACGCAACAUCCUGCAUUAAUUCAUUUCAAGGUUUCCAAGGAGACCAACUCAGACAAUCACGUGCUCUUGCUCGCUGUGUGCUAGAGCUCUCUCUGCAAGAUUAUGACAUUUCACAAAGACGCCCAUCAAUGCUGUCAUUGUGUGUUUGGAAAAUAGCCGUGGAGGAGACCAAAAGUGACGACGGUGACUACUUACCGCCUGGCUUAUUUCAUAGCUGUGAAGAUUUUGAAUUUAUCUACAAAGAAGUUAAGACUUUUUCAGAAAAUUUACUCCAUAAUUUACCGGAUGUUUCAAGAGUUUGUGAACAUUACUAUCGGCUUUAUGGUAUCGAGUAAAGAGAAAAAGUAUCAAAUGUUUCAAUUAAAACAGUCUUUCAUGAAUAGUGCUGAACAAUGUGAUUUUGUAACAUUCCC